CCGGUCCACCACCUCUCUUAUUAUUUAAAACCCAUAAGCAUACGAACAGAAACGAAAAGAGAGACUCGGGCACACAGGCCGGUCUCUCAACUUUAGCAAGUAAGGUUCACGAGACUCACACACGAACCCAUAACCUUCACAAGAUCAUUCACAAGAAACCAGAGAACUUUUUUAUCCAAAAACAAGCUAAAGCAGAUAGAAUUAAUUAGAUGGAGACAACAGAGAAGAAAAGUGAAUGGUCAGGAGGAUCAAGCAGUGGACAGGUGCUGGACCGUUCAGAUAUAAUGGAGUUGGUUGGGAAUGAGGAUGUGAAUCAUAAGUUUCAUGAGCUGAAUAAGGACAGAGAUGGUCAGCUCUCUGUGAAGGAGCUUCAACCUGCUGUUGCUGAUAUUGGUGCUGCUCUUGGCUUGCCUGCUCAAGGCACCUCUCCUGACUCAGACCACAUCUACUCUGAGGUUUCCAAUGAGUUCACACAUGGCAAGCAAGACAAAGUGAGCAAGACUGAGUUUAAAGUUCUCUCAGACAUACUAAUAGGCAUGGCUGCUGCCGGUUUGAAACGUGACCCUGUAGUGAUCCUUCGUAUUGAUGGAGAAGACCUCCUGGAGUUCAUCAAUGGACCAAGUUAUGAAGCAGAAAUGGUCAACAUAUUUUCAGGGAUAGAGUUGCCCGAUGGAUCGCUCCAUGAUUGCCUUAUUAAGGCUUUGGAAAAACUCACGGUCGAGCAAGGGAUGCCCCCACCUUCUGAUUUUUGGGUGAUUAGAAGCAUUGUGGCACCAGCUUUGCAGUCCCGCACUGGACCUGAUCAUGACAAACCCAUCUCUCAGGAGACAUAUCUGGUUGAAUUUAAGAAACUAGCAGAAAACGUGGCUCGACAUCUCAAAGAGCAGCCUGUGAUUGUCGCUCAUAGUGAGAACACCUUCGAUGGAAGUGGCAUUAAGAGACUAUUAUCCAAUAAGUUCGAAUUAGAGAAGACACUCAAUGCAGCCAUAGAAAAUGUGUCAAAAGAUCGCAAUGGAAAACUGCCUAAGGAGUACUUGCGCGUUGCGCUUGAUGUUAUAGCAUCAUCUGCCAGUCUACCUCCAAUCGGAGCAGUCGAUCAGAUUGACAAGGUUAUUGCAGAUGUAUUGGAGAUGAUGAACACUGAUGAUGGAAAGACGGUUAAAGACGACGAGUUCAAGAAGAUAUUGACUGAAAUUCUUGAGGGUCUCAUGUUGGAACUAGAGGGCAAUCCCAUCUCAAUUUCUACGAAUUCGGUUGUGCACGAGCCUAUUGCCUCCUCUUCCACACCCUUGCAAUCAUCUUCCUAGUUAUAAUAGGUGUCUUUACAUAAAGAAAUAACGAAGGAUAAGACACAGUUCUUACUAAGCAUAUAUAUAUAUAUAUAUAACCAGUAAGUGUUUGUCCUGUAUGAUUCACUUGGUUUUGCAUCUAUGGCAUGACAUGUAGUUGAUAGGGUUGUCAUGACGAUCCACCCACCCUCUUGGUGUAAUAGAUCUCUUCUAUGUGUACCUUUGGCUUGUGUUAUUAAUCAGUUCAUGACCGACUUUUUUUA